UACCACACCGCCGCGACGGACGAACAGUCGGAACAGACAGACCACCGCUCAGGGGGGCUCCAUUCAGCGGCACCACCACGACCACCACAGUCAGGAGUCCAAACCAACCGCAGAGACUGCAGCGGCGCUUUCCAUUCAACGUUCAGCGCUCAACGCGAAUACAUCUUCGGUCGAUCCGUACGGGAAAACCCCUCUUCUCGCUGUGUGUGCCGUGCUCGUCAGAUAAGUGGGUGGAAGAAUCCGGGUGCAAGUCAGUGUUCAAAUCUUGAUCGUUCGUUGUUACGGUAGUGGUUCGCAGAUUACAAGAUCGUGUGUUUCUUGUGGCUUUGAAUUAAAGUUGGGAAUUUGGAGCAGAACAUCCGCGACGAACGGUUCCACAGCACACUUUGAUCUUGAUCUAGAAGGCUGGGAUUUGCUCUAGCCGAACUGAGCGCGUAUACCGGAAAGGCAGUGUGAUCUACGAUCGUGGCAUUAUCUUCUGGAGAUAAUUCAAUCCAACGGGGUUCAACGUCGGGAUAGUUGUUUGUGGCCUGGACAGAAAGCCCCUCGACGCAAAUAGCCAGCGCAGAUCAUUAACGAAAACGAAGAAGAAGAAGAUACUUAAGUGCUAGAGAGUGUGUGAUCAUUAGACCAAUUAACACUACCAGCCGCGCGGCGCACGCAGAAGAAUCGAUCGGGACCCCGAACCGCACCGCAGGAAAGUCGGUCAUUUGUGCAUAUAUUCGGAAGAAAGCAAGUCGCGUGAAGAGUGAAAUCCCGCAGAUAUACAAUAUGUUCGGUGCCAAGACGCGAAGAAAUAUUGCCAUUAUCCUACUGCUGGUGGUCUUGGUGGCCACGGUGUGUGACGCCCGCAGGAGGCGGUAUGGCCGGAGGAAGCAUCACGUGCCGUCGCGGAAAACUCUGAAGCAGCUGGAGUACGAAGCACGGGAAACCAAUACGCCGAAUUUCGUACGGUUGGUGCUGAUGCGGUUGGUCUACGGAAUUGCAACGCAGAUGGGCAUCGAAGAUCGGCUGGAUGAUGCCUUCGGUGGGGCGUUUGUUCCGCCGAAUGCCAUCGAGGAAAGCGACGACUACCUGGACGUGUUCAGCGACGAGGGUGACGGAGAUUACGGUCUGUAGAUAGCACGGGAUGCUGCAGCAGCUAUUUAAGUGACUUCACCGUAGGUUAAGAUUUUAACGUGUCGAAGGUGCAAACGAAAUGCAUUUGGCGGAUAUCCCACUAAUGAGGUCAGUGUGCUCUACAAGCGACCGUUCACACACCACACCACGCAACCUGGCAAUGAGCGGCGACGUAUGUUUGUUUUAUGAUUUG